UUCAUAUAUACCUGGCUGGCUCGGGCUUGGAGUCGAAUCCGGGAACUUUCGGUUAUGAGCCGAGCGGUCUCGCCUCACAACUGCGCAUAAUUUCCUUACGUCUCAGACAUCCCUCCUUUGUGAUAUUCACGCAGGUGUCAUCAUCCAGAGUAUAUGAAGCAAGUGCCUAUAUAAACACAGUGAAUAUAUGGAGUGAUGGUGUGUUGUUGUGAUACAUGAGAGUGGUGUUGCGCCCUCACACUUACGACUCCAUUUUAUACUUGAUCCAGCACAAGGUCGUCCACGUCUCUUGUCUAACUUAAACUACACCAAUAUUCUGCUAUGCACGCAUUUCGUAUAAUAAUUUAAUUAAUAAUUGAUUCGUCAAGUUGACUGUAAUAUAGCCACUCUGGAAAUCGAUAUAACAACUUUGAAAUUUUGAAGUAAAAUAUUUAAGCUCGUGGGUGUUGCAGUUAGCAAACGUAAAUAUUGGGCUUCCGUCUUCAGUUUUCUUAGUUUAUAUCAUUUUACAGCCAAAGUAUCAUGGAUGUAACCAAGGGAAAGAGGAGGACAAGUGGAAAUUAGCGAAAAGCAAGAUAUACGGACAAUAUCUGCCAAAAAACUGACGGAUGGAACCCACAACAGUCAGCUAACACCCAGGUACUAACGGCUAGGUGAAGAGGGGCAGCACAUGUAAGGAAAUGUGCCCGUUUCACUUGUGCUUGAGAGCAAUCCCCACCCCUGCAUUUUGUUAGAUGGACAGCGCAGACACAAAACCCAGAGGCAUUCAAGAAAACUUGAGCCAAGAUGACAAUGAUCCUGGGACACUUGUGGUCGAUAUCCUUAGUGAUUCUGGGGAGGACUCGGCGAGAUGUAUGUCAGAUGUCAGUAUCUGUUUCCCCAGGUGGACAAUGGAACCAUGAGUGCUGAAGAUGUUCAAGAAACCUCGAGCAAGAAUGUAAAAGACCCAGAAUCUGUCACGGUUGGUGAACAUUCUAAUGUUCCUGGUAAAGAGGAACAGGAAUUGAGAACUGUUGUGGUUGACAUGCAUGUUGAAACUCCAAGUAAACAAGAACAAAACACAGAGACUCUUGUGGGUGAAACACACAUUGAUGAACCCAUUAAACCUGAACAGGACUCACUAGCUGUUGUAGAGGAUACACAUAUUGAUGAACUUAGUGAAAUUGAAGUAGAAUUAGAAACUUUUGUUAAGGACACACACAAUGAGAUACUUCCUAAAUGCGAACAAAACUUAAAAAUUUUUGUGGAAGAAACACACAUUGAUGCACUUGUCAAGCCUGAAAAAAAAUUAGAAAUGGUUGUGGCAGAAAUCUUCAGUGACACACCUGAUAAAAUUAAAGAAAACCUAGAAACAGUUGUAACUGAAACACACAGUAAUGACCCUAACACAAAGGAAGAAAGCAUAGAAACAAAUGUAGCUGAAACACACUCGGUUGAACCUGGCAAACUUGAAGAAAUGGAAAUAGGUGCAACGGAAAAACUCAUUGACACAGCUGACAGGUGUAAAGAAAAUAUGGAAACUGUUGUGGAGGAAGCUUACAUUGAUGCACCUGGCAAAAAUGAAGAAAAUAUAAAAAUGGUUGUAGAAGAGAUACAUAUUAAUGCACCUGGUAGAUUUGAACAAAACAUUGAAACAAUUGUGAAUGAAACACAUGAAGAUGCACCUGUUAAAAAUGGAGAGAAUAUAGAAACUAAUGUAGAGGAAAGAGAUGCUGAUGUAUUUAACAAACAGGAGCAAAACUCUGAUGCAAGUAUGAAUAGUAUCAGUAUUAGUGACCUUGAUAUCACUCAAGAAGAGCUAGUCACUAUCAACAUAUUUGAUUCUCUUCAAACUGACACAUUGAAUGAAAAGAAAAAAUGUGCUAGUGGUGAUGGCAGCCCCUCUAGUGUAAAUAUGCCUUCUUUACACACUGCUGUUGGUAAUAAGGUGAAAAAAGAUUUGACAAGUAAGACUCAAGACAUCAGUGUUGCAGAUGACCAUAAGCAUAUUGCAUCUGAUUUGAAAAAUGUUGCUUUAAUGAGGAAUAAACCUAGAUUAAAAAAAAAUCUUGUUAGUGCUCCAAGUAAUGGCUUGCCAAUUGUUUCAUCUAAGCUGCCAAAUAUUGGCCAAGAUAGUGCUUUGAGUAAUACAAAGUUAAUAUUAAAAAGAGGGGCUCUCUUGUUGUCAAAACCAUUGGUCCACGCACAAUUCGUAAUGUUUCUGUAG